CAGAAGUUAGCAUCACCCUGGUUCCCUCGACAAAAAGCCAGUAGUAUUUUUCCAUUGGCUUUUGGAUUAUUGCAGAAAAUAAACUCCAUGACCAACAAAAGUUUAUGAUUCUUAUAUGUUUCUUUCAUUAAGGCUUCAGGUUCAGAGCCGUGUUGUCGGCCUCUGGCGUGAGCAGGGCUUGGGAGGCCAUCUCGUCGUCCUCAGGUGUGAGCAGGGCUUGGGAGGCCAUCUCUUUGGUCUCUGACUUGAGCAGGGCUUGGGAGGCCGUCUUGUCGGCCUCAGACAAGAGAAGAGCAUGAUAGGCUGCCUCGUUGGCCUCUGGCAUGAGCAUGGCAUGGGAGGCCGUUCCGUCUGCCUCUAGCAGGAACAGAACUGAGGUGGCCACGCUGUCGACCCCUGGUAAGAACAGAACUUGGGAGGCUGUGCCGUAGGCCUCUAGCAGGAGCAGAACUUGGGAGGCCUCAUUGUCGGACUCAAACUGGAACUUGGUGUGGAAGGCCAUCAUGUUGGCCUCAGGCAGGAGCAGGACUUAGGAGACCUCGCCAUCAGCCUAUGACUGAGAUGCCAUCAAGAUGCCAUCAGAGGAAAGCUCCAAAGCGGAGAAGAACGCCCCAUGAUGAAGCCACCUUUAAAAAGAUGUUCAAAGCCAUGGAUGAGCCAGUAUGUCUGAUCAGCAGCGAUUCUGAAGGACGGCUAUGUGUCGUGAAGGAAGCUAAAGAGAUUCUGGAUGGGAUCACUCAGCCAGUUAUUGUAGUGUCUGUGGUAGGGCUUUACCGCACGGGGAAGUCUUACCUCAUGAACCGCCUAGCAGGAAAACAAACAGGCUUUGCACUAGGCAGCACCAUAGAGUCAAAAACUAAAGGCAUCUGGAUGUGGUGUGUUCCACACCCCAUUAAAUCAGGACACACUCUGGUGCUGCUGGACACUGAGGGACUCGGUGAUGUGGACAAGGGUGAUGAAAAGCAUGACACAUGGAUCUUCUGCCUGGCUGUCCUGCUCAGUAGCACUCUGGUCUACAACAGCCUUGGGGUCAUAGACAACAAUGCACUCGAGAAGCUACACUAUGUGACAGAACUGACUGAGAACAUCCGAGUGAAAGCACAGAGAGGUGCUGGCGAUGAUGACUCAGCAGAGUUCAUGCGAGUCUUCCCCUCCUUCAUCUGGUCCGUGCGAGACUUCACGCUGAAGUUGGAGAAGGAAGGCAGGGCUAUCACAGCUGAUGAAUAUCUGGAACGUGCUUUGGAGCUUAAAGCUGGUUCUUCCUCUAGUCUUGAGAAGUUCAACCUGCCCAGGCGCUGUUUGCGUCACUUUUUCGCAGAACGUCGGUGUUUUGUAUUCCCACGGCCAGCCGAAGAUGAUGACCUGGCAAGAAUGGAGGAGCUGUCUGAGACGGAUCUCAGGCCACGAUUUCUGCAGCGUGCUGAGGAGUUCUGCAACUAUGUGUUUAGCAGUGCCAAGCCAAAAACCUUAACAGGGGGGCAGAUGCUCACAGGCAGUGCUCUGUGCAUUCUGGCAGAGUUGUAUGUGGAGGCAAUUCGUAGUGGCCGGAUUCCUUGUCUGGAGAAUGCAGUGGUGUCUUUGGCUCAGAUCCAGAAUGAGCGGGCAGUGAAACAGGGCCUGCAGGUCUACCAGAGUCAGGUUGAGUUAGAUUGCCUUCCACUUGACCCAUCUGAGCUUUCAGAUAUCCACAGAAAAGCAGAGACUGCAGCUAUCGAUGCCUUCAUCAGCAUUUCCUUCAAUGAUACUGAGCAAAAAGCACAGCUGAAGCUCAUGGAAGAGAUCCAGACUGUGUAUCAGGAGCUGUGUGGUCAAAAUCGAGAAGAAUGUUCGAAUGUGUGUAAGCUGGAGCUGACACAGGUGUUUACUCCUCUGGAGGAGGCUAUGAAUGAUGGUUCAUUUAUGCACCCUGGAGGAUACACAGAGUACCGUGAUAAACUCCAGAGCUGCACAAAUGAAUACAGAGCACGCACACACAAACAGAUGAUGAGUGAGGAAGUGUUGAGUGAGUAUCUAAAGGAGAAGGAUCAGUUUGGGAAGAACAUUCUUUUAGCUGAUAAGCACCUCACUAAAACAGAACAGAAAAAAGAAGUGGAGCGUUUGCGAAAAGAUGCUCUAAAACUGGAGAACGAAUCUUUAAUGAGGAAGAAGAAGCUUCAGGAGCAGGCAUUCCAGGACCAGCAGAGGACCUAUGAGCAAAACAUAAACCAGCUGCUGGAACGCAUGGAGAAAGAAAGGAAGACAGCAAGGGAAGAUAACGAACGAGUGCUGACGGCUAAACUUAGGGAACAGAGCGCUCUGCUGGAAAAAGGAUUUAAGGAAAAAGCUGAUAUGAUGAAUCAACAGAUUUUAAGACUGAGAGGAGAGAUGAACAAUGAGGACCAGUCAAAGCGGUCUGUACUCAGUAAGGUAGUGAGCAGUGUGGGCACUGCAGCUAGUCUGUUCCUGCCGGGCAUCAUCCCUAAAGCUGCCGGUUUGGUCACAUCAUUCUUCUCACGGUUUCUUUGAUUAUCUAAUUGCUCAAGGGCCAAAAGAUACAAGUUGUUGAUACAAGUUUUUUGUAAAGAAAUUUUUCUGCAAAGCUGCUUUGAGACAAUGUCUAUUGUAAAAAGCGCUAUACAAAUAAAAUUGAAUUGAAUUGAAUUGAACAA